AUGUCUGAUGAUUCAAUUACUCCUUUGACCGAAGAUACAACAAAUGUUACUUUCUUCAAGCAAAGUGUAAACGCAAGAAAUCACUCUCGCCUGAUGCAUCCUCAGAAAUUGCUGAAGGUACAAAAAAAAGGAAAACACACAAAUGAUAUUAAUAUCGCCUUUUCCGCAAGUAAGUCUGCCAUAUCGUCAAUAUUUCAGGAAAUCGCUACACGAAAGGCCGAAUGGAAUACGAAAACUGAUCGUGAUGCGCAAGCAUUGUUAGAAAAGAAACUAGCUGCCGAAGAAGAUGAUGAAGACGAUCUUUAUAAAGGUCAAAAUGCUUAUAAAAGCAUAUAUAAAAAAACGGCUGGUCCAAUUCGUGUCACUUUACGAUUUGAUUAUCAACCAGAUAUAUGUAAAGAUUAUAAAGAAAGAGAAUGGGAAGAAAUGCAAGGAAAAAUUAGACAAGAUAAAAGCGAAUUUCUUAUCGAAAGUAGUGAUGAAAGCGAUGAAGAAUUGCCUUUUGCUU